AAGACAUUGAAUUCUUGAUUUUCUAGUUACACGUGUUCAGAACUCGCACUCUCGGUUUUCGGAAUUAUUAGAAAGUUAUUUUUGGGGUGAAAUAUGGCCUCUAAUGAUUUACACACGCAGUAUAGAAUAAAAUGCCCAAAGAACGUCAACCCCACUCAAAUAAGUCCUGAGAGUUUCCAAGAUUUUAUUCCUCCCAAUGUCAAAGUAGUAGAUGUAAAGGGUUUAACCCCAAAACAACAAAAAAAGCCUUGCAGAUGGGAAAUCACCGCCACACUUCAAGAAGGUGAAGAAGUUUAUUAUGAUAAUGAAGAAAGAUAUGAUCUUCGGACAGAAAUUGAUGUGUACAAACCAAGGAAUACAAAUUUGUUAGGAGAAAAAAAGGCCAUUAGAAAUGGAGAAACAUCCUGGAUUUUUCAAUAUGAGGUCGUUUGCGAGUGCGGGCAGACGUGACUAGUUUUGAUCUUGAUUCAGUUGAUUAAUUGAAGGUUUAAAAUAUUUUUUAUAUUAGAAUGUUUGCUUUGUAGAAUUAGUUAUUUAUAGUGAUAGUUGUAUUUAA